AUGCCUCUCCCCGCCGUCGUCGCCCUCGGGGCGCAGCACUUCUGCCUCGACCAGUCCGACGACCAGGUCAAGCGGAUCGCCAAGUCCCUGCCGUGGUACGGCCCGAAGUACUCCCCGCACGACGUCCCGUCCUUCUACGACGUCUCCGGCAUCACCGAGGACCCGGCGGUGUUCCAGCUCGUCGUCGACUUCUUCGUCGAGAGGUACAGGUCUCAGGGCGAAGACGGCCCGACGCACAUCGCGGGCUUCGACGCCAGGGGGUUUCUCUUCGGCCCGCCCAUCGCGUUGGCGCUCAAGAUCCCUUUCGUGAUGAUCCGCAAGGCGGGUAAGUUACCGGGCGUGCUCGUCACCUCCGGGACGUACGUCACCGAGUACUCGACGGACGAGACGGUGAUGCGCCUCGGUUCCGUUCGCGCCGGGGACAGGGUGGUGCUCGUGGACGACCUCAUCGCCACCGGCGGGACGGCGCUGGCGGGGUUCGACCUGGUGGACCAGCUCGGGGCGCGCGUUCACGAGUUCGCGGCGAUGGUGUCGCUUCCCUUCCUCGACGGCGUGGGUAAGAUCCACGCGUACAAGGAGGGCAAGUACAAGGACGUGCCGUGCUUCACGAUGGUGGACGACGCCAGCAUCGGGCCGGAGAUGUGCAGCGAUCCGCCGGAGGGGACUCCGAGGAUGGUGUCCGCGGAGCAGGCGGGAACGAUGGAGGCUGAUAUCGUCGCCAAGAGGGCGUGCUGA